AUGUCUUCAGUCAGACAGAGAGUUCCUGAAGCCAGGAAUCCAACCCUUCCCGCACAAUCUACCCCAGAACAGCGGUAUUGGAGGGGAUUUGUGAAUACGCAGCUUGUCAAAGAGCACAAUGCCGUCACACACAUACACUUCAACCCGGUGUCUCCACAUGAUUUUGCCGUGACAAGCUCUACCAGAAUUCAAAUAUUCAGCUCGAAGACAAGACAAGUGAUCAAGACAUUUUCGCGGUUCAAAGACACCGUGUAUAGUGGGGAGUUCAGAGACGAUGGAAAGCUACUUGUUGCUGGAGAUGCAACUGGUUUGGUUCAGAUUUUCGAUGCAUACCAGCCAAAAAGCUUGCUAGUGACGAUAAAGCCCACCAGUCAUCCUGUUCAUGUCACAAAAUUCAACCCAACAGUUUCUACUCAGCUUUUGACUGCCUCUGAUGACCGCUGUGUGAGACUGUACGACAUCUCCAACUCUGCAGCCCCAUUACUUACUUUGGAUGACCAUUCCGAUUACGUGCGCACUGCUAGUUUCAUCCCAGGCACCAGUUUGAUUGCCACUGGUUGUUAUGACGGAUAUAUACGAUUGUUCGACCCACGCAGUGGAGACAAAGUCGCGCAGUUCAACCAACAGGAUCCCGUUGAGGAUCUUCUUUCGCUCUCGCCAACAAGUCUCGUUUCGUGUGGAGGCCCCAGUUUAAAAGUGUGGGAUUUGUCUGCAGGCAAGUCUUUUAAGACCUUGACGAACUUUGCUAAGACCGUGACAUGUUUGUCCAAUGCUGGAGAAAGAGGCAUCCUGGCUGGUUCUAUAGACGGUCAUGUCAAGGUGUUUGACAGCUCCAGUCCUGAGUGGCAGGUCACGUUCGGCUGGAAAUUCGGCAAUGGUGUUAUGAGCUGUGGAGUUUCUCCAAACCAUAAGCAUUUUGUUGCUGGUUUAAAUUCAGGUUUAUUGGCUGUGAGGACGAGAAAAAUUGAGUCUACCAAGUCCAAGCAACUGCCCAAGGAGAAAUCCAACGCUUUCGCAAGAAUGCUUAAGGGUUCCGACUAUUUAGGAGAAUUUGAACACCAGGUCAUUAAUGACGCUCAGCAACAGCAGAAGAAGCUGAGACAAUUUGAAAAAGAUUUGAACAGUUUCAAGUGGUCGGAUGCUUUGAACAGUGCUUUCGUUUCGGGAUUGCCCAAAGAACAUACUGUGGCUGCUCUCGAGGAGCUCAAGAGAAGAGGAAAGGUUCGUGCUGCUUUGAGUGACAGAGACGAAAUGUCACUGGAGCCAUUGCUGACUUGGUCUUUGAAGGCUAUUGAGGAUACCAGAACGGUAGGCAUAGUCUCUGACUAUGUGGGUGUGGUACUGGAAUUGUACGCGGAUAUGGUGGAGAGAAGCCCAAUUCUGGAGGAAUUACUUCUUUCGUUGGACAAAAAGCUCAGCUCAGAAAUUGUCAAAGCUCAAGAAGCCCAGAAGAUCGAGGGUAUGUUAGAGUUAUUGAGUGUAUAA